AUGGCGUUAGAAGCCGGCAGGAUUCAAACCUCUCAUCUUGUCAGCGAUCAUCAAGCUAUGAUCUCAGAUCAUGUUCCUGGCACGGAAAUCCUCAUAGCCCACGAGACCCGUGGAUCAUACCGAGAUGAAUUAAUUCUCAUUCCAAAACCGCAAAAUGAUCCUCACGAUCCUCUGAACUGGUCCACUCGGUGGAAAUACGCUUGCCUGACAAACAUGCUUUUUCUCAUGUUCCUUGGGAAUUUCUCUACGUUGUCAAUCUCACCCCUGACGCCUGUUUUGAUGGAACAGUUUGAUACCACUGAAUCGAAAGUUGCUGCCCUGACAGGUGCUUGUAUUUUGGCUUUGGGCUAUGCGAACUUCAUCAUCAUUCCUUGCGUUAACAUAUUCGGUCGGCGAUCCACGGCACUUGCAUGUAUGUUAAUCUGUAUUGGCGCAAACAUAUGGCAAGCCAUGAGCACGUCAUACCACUCUUUCCUUGGGGCAAGAGUCUUGAUUGGAAUUGGCGCUGCAUCAAGUGAGAGCAUUAUGCCAGUGGUGAUAUCCGAUCUGACGUUCUUACAUGAACGAGGCACUUGGAUGGGUGCUUAUUUCUGGGCGUACUUUUUCGGGGGAUGGGUCGGACCCAUUGUGUCCGGCAGCAUUGCCGCACACGUGUCUUGGCGAUGGUUCUUCUGGCUGUCAACCAUUCUCAAUGCCGUAAGUUUUGUGGGGAUGAUUUUUGCCCUGCCCGAGACAAAGUAUUCCAACAUAUCUGGCAUGUCAGCGGGAAGAGAACAUGAAGUGGCCGAGACACUUAAUGAAGAGGUAACCUCAACCUGCAUGAAUCAAGGCAAGGAGAGAGAGUCAAAACUAGAGCCGCCAUCAGAAAUUGAUAUCGAGCCUCAGCUGCAUAGCAAGGAUUUAAAUCCCCUUUUGGGUCGCGGCUAUCCCAGUUCCAGACAGAGAUGGCAACUUUGGAGCAAACCAGAUACUACGACGUUUAAGCAACUAUGCAGAUAUGUGGCCACGCCGCUUCAUCUUGGCCUUUUUCCAAUCACCCUUUUCGCAUCUCUAGGGGUCAUGUCAGGCUCGGCAUGCUUGCUGGUCUUGAACUUGACAGAGUCUGAAGGAUUCUCUCGUUCCCCGUAUAAUUUCUCAACAGCGUCGGUGGGAUUUACAAAUUUUGCACUAAUGGGAGGAGGCAUUGUUGGCCUAGCAGCAGCAGGGCCAUUGUCCGAUUGGGUGUCUAUGGUAUUGACCAAGAGAAAUAAUGGUGUUCGGGAGCCAGAAAUGCGGCUCCUGACUUUCAUACCUUUCGUUGCUAUUGCGGUUGUUGGAAUGACGGUCGCGGCUGUUGGUCUUGAGCGACUUUGGCCAUGGGAAGUGAUAGUGAUUGUUGGCUUUGGUUUGACGGGAGUGAUUGUCAUGGCAAUCCCGACCAUCGCAACCACCUACGCAAUCGAUAGCUACAAAAACGUGGCAGGUGAAAUAAUGGUGCUGGCGACGGUCGCAAAGAAUACAUUUGGGGUAAUGUUUCCAUUAUCACUCUUCUGGACACUAUCAAUCUAA